AUGAAGUCGCUCAUUGAACCCGAAGUAUGGGAGGCACUUUUGCCUACUCGCAAACCGCCACCGGUAACUCACAACCAAGCAAAGAAUGAUCUCAAAGUUCUUGCAGCGGUCUGUGGAGUUCACGAUGUCACAUCCGCUUUACAGGCACUUGUCGUGGAUGGGGAGAUGACAAUCAAGAUGGACGCAAUCAAGGCCUUGGUAAACAGCCAGAUAUAUAAGAGAGAUAUGCCUUUCCUCGGCUGGAAUUUGUCUUUCAUCUACCAGUAUGGCGACGGACCAAUGCACAUCUGUUCAUCCAACUACGACGAGAAGUCUAGCGGAUUCAUUCACAUCAGCAAAUCAUCGAAUCAUCCGACUGUUGCCCCCCGCAAGAGCAUUCUGGGAAAGUUCAACUUUAUCACUGUUGUUUAUGGUGGAUUAAUAUGUUCCCAAGACCAAAUCAAAUCGGUCGAGAACAAAUUAGAACAAAAUCAUGGCUCCAAGUACAAUACUCCACACGAUUAUUGCAUCGUCUUCAGCAAUGAAUUGAUUGGAGCCGACCCCUGGCACGGCGUCGCAAAGUCCGGUGUCGUUUUUUACACCAACCCGGUUGACAGCCGUGUUUAUGUUGAAGUCGGCUUAGAACUUCAAUGUUUCCAUCUGAAAGAGAACUACAGAAACAUCCUUGCACGCUAAGGAUUGCUAGAGUACCUGGCUUAAGAGGGCUCUAUGAUUCCGUCAUGCAGUGCAUGCAAGUAGUAGCAU